AUGGCUCCGAAAAAGAGACUUGAUAACAACGAAGAAAAUAUUAUGGACAGAAUUGAAGCAUUAGAAAAAUCUGUUGAAAACAGAAUAAAAAAUCUGGAGAAUAAAAUGAAAGGAAAAUACGAUGAAAAAAUCGAGGAAAUGAAAGAAAAAUACAAUGAAAAAACCGAGGAAAUAAAAAGAAAAUACGAUAACAAACUGGAAGAAACAGAAAAAAAGAACGAAGAAAGAGCGAGAAAAGCUAAAGAAAAUAUGGAAGAAGAAAUAGAAAAACUUAAACAGAGAUGGGAAGAAAUCUAUAAGAAAAAGACGGAAGACAAUGAAAUCAGAUAUCAAAGGUACAUGGACGAGAUGGAAGAAAGAUAUUUAAAUACGUUUCGCAACUUGGAUGAAACAAGACAAACGCAACUCAGAGAAGAAAACUGUCGGCCUCAAAGACAAGCCACCGACUCCCAGAAGAAAUUGCCAUAUUCAACGAACUAUUAUGGAAAUAUGAACACAUAUUCUCAGAGAAUCCAGGCAAAAUUGCAGACCAUGAAUGCCAAAUCAAAAUUAUCCCUGGAGAGCCUAUUUAUCAAAAACCGUAUCCUAUACCUAUCUCCAAAUUAG